CGCGGACUCUGCCGGUGGCCCGGGAGGAGGAGGAGUAUGGCUUCGAAGGCGGCGCCCUGCUGCCGUCUGGUCUUCUGCCUGUUGAUCUGCGCCGUUGUCCUCAGACCAGGCCUUGGAUGGUAUACAGUAAAUUCAGCAUAUGGAGAUACCAUUAUCAUGCCUUGUCGACUUGAUGUACCUCAGAAUCUCAUGUUUGGCAAGUGGAAAUACGAAAAUCCCGAUGGCUCCCCAGUAUUUAUUGCCUUCAGGUCCUCUACCAAGAAAAAUGUGCAGUACGACGAUGUACCCGAAUACAAAGACAGAUUGAGCCUCUCAGAAAACUACACUUUGUCUAUCACUAACGCAAGGAUCAGUGACGAGAAGAGAUUUGUGUGCAUGCUGGUAACUGAGGACGACGUGUUUGAGGCACCUACGGUAGUCAAGGUGUUCAAGCAACCCUCUAAACCGGAAAUUGUAAGCAAAGCACCAUUUCUGGAAACAGAGCAGCUAAGACAGUUGGGUGAUUGCAUUUCAAAAGACAGCUAUCCAUAUGGCAACAUCACAUGGUACAGGAAUGGAAGAGAGCUGCAGCAUCGUGAAGGAGUGGUGAACAUAAGUUUUAAUAAGCAAAUGGACCCAGCCACUCAGCUCUAUACCAUGACUUCAUCCCUGGAGUACAAGGCAACCAAGGCUGAUAUACAAAUGCCAUUCACCUGCUCUGUGGCAUAUUAUGGACCAUCUGGCCAGAACACAGUUUAUUCUGAACAAGCAGUCUUUGAUAUUUACUAUCCCACAGAGCAGGUGACAAUACAAGUGCUGCCGCCAAAAACUGCCAUCAAAGAAGGGGACAAUAUUACCCUUAAAUGCUUGGGAAAUGGCAACCCGCCUCCUGCGGAGUUCUUGUUUUACUUACCUGGCCACCCAGAAGGAAUCAGAAGCUCAAAUGCUUACACACUGACAGAUGUGAGGCGCAAUGCAACAGGAGACUACAAAUGCUCCCUGAUAGACAAACGAAGCAUGAUUGCUUCAACAGCCAUCACAGUGCACUAUUUGGAUUUGUCCUUAAAUCCAAGUGGGGAAGUCACCAAGCAGGUCGGCGAUGCCUUGCCCGUGUCAUGCACAGUAUCCUCUAGUAGGAAUGCAAGUGUGGUGUGGAUGAAAGAUAACACCAGGCUUCGAUCCAGCCCGUCGUUUUCCAGUCUUCGGUAUCAGGAUGCUGGGAACUAUGUCUGUGAAACCGCUCUGCAAGAGGUCGAAGGGCUAAAGAAAAGAGAGUCGUUGACUCUCGUUGUAGAAGGAAAACCUCAAAUCAAAAUGACAAAGAAAACUGAUCCCAGUGGACUGUCUAAAACAAUAACCUGCCAUGUGGAAGGUUUUCCAAAGCCAGCUAUACAGUGGACAAUUACUGGCACCGGAAGCGUCAUAAACCAAACAGAGGAAUCUCCUUAUGUCAAUGGCAAGUAUUCUAGUAAAAUUAUCAUUUCCCCUGAAGAGAAUGUUACAUUAACUUGCACAGCAGAAAACCAGCUGGAGAGAACAGUAAACUCCUUGAAUGUCUCUGCUAUAAGUUUCCCAGAACACGAUGAGACAGACGAGAUAAGUGAUGAAAACAGAGAAAAGGUGAAUGACCAGGCCAAGCUCAUUGUGGGAAUCGUCGUUGGUCUCCUCCUUGCUGCCCUCGUUGCUGGUGCCGUCUACUGGUUUUAUGUGAAGAAAUCAAAGACUGCAUCAAAACAUGUGAACAAGGACCUUGGUAAUCUGGAGGAAAACAAAAAGUUAGAAGAAAACAAUCACAAAACAGAAGCCUAAGACAGAAAUUAGUUGUCCAG